AUGCCACCAGCACAGGGUGUUGUGACAGGAGCAGAUGAGAAGGUUCAAGCAGGUGAGAAGGUUCGAGCAGGUGAGAAGGUUCAAGCAGGUGAGAAGGUUCAGGCAGGUAGCAGUAAGGCCAGUACCAGUUUCAGAAACACAGAGCAAGCUCAGGGUGUGUCUAAUGACUCCUUGUAUGGGCAUCUGCUGAAAUCAGCCAGUGGAAAAGAAACAGGUGUGAUAGGCAGUCAGCAGCCGCAGGGAGGUCAGAGGUCCAAGCAGGUUCAGCCUAGUGACAACCGGACUGAGUUUGUAGCAGUGUUUGAAGGCAGGUGGCUGAGUGCAGAGGAGGAAAAUAGGGCGUAUCAGGAAGUAGAGACAGAUUUAGCAGAGCUGCAGAAAAGACAGAGAACUCAUAAGCCUUUGUCUGCCAGGUAUUUAGCUGCAGAAAAAGGUGAGUGCAGCCAGACAGCAUAUGGAUCCAGCAAAUGUAAGAUUACAGCUAAGGCAGCUCCAUCACAGGGUCAGGAAAAGCGAGUCGUUUUCAGAGAAGAGUUAGAGCUACAAAGUGCAGAAGCUGAUGAGAUGGA